CUUCCUUGGGACAACACAGGUGUUACUGGUGACCAAUUAGGGAUAAAAUCAUGGAACGGACGUCUUUAAUAGGGUUUGUGUAGUCACUAACAAUGGAUAUAAACACUUUUGACGACAUUAUCGCCACUCCUGUAUUUCCUCCUUUAAAUGACAUUUUUUGCACUAUUAGUAAUGGUACUUUCAACGUUAUCUUUACUAUCUUGGCUAUAGCAUUGAUUGCGUUUUUUACCGCACAAUUUGUGUACAUACUGGCAUCAUUUUAUUAUGAGGAUAGGAAACAACAGGAUGAGAAACAACGGGAUAAGAAAGAGCCUGUUACUCUUGCAUUAUCCUCCUUUAUUGUAAUAACUUAUGUAGCAGUUUUAAUAUGCGGGCAUUACUGUGGCUUUAUGUUAAAACCCUUAAACAAAUGGGUUUUAGGUUUUAUUAUUUGUGGAAUACUCCUUGUUUCCGUCUGCUGGAUUAUGGUUAUUCAGGAGGCUUUUUUCGACCAUGUAAAAAAUGGCAUUCUGGUUUACAUCCCACAUCUGUGCUAUGUUUUGUUGUUUGCAACAUUUAUUACGUGCUGUGGUAUUAUGAAAUGCUUUACAAUGGAGCCAAACAAUUGUCAUUUGUGUUUUUACAUUUUGGGUGGCUUAUCUUUUGUUUGGCUUAUUGUGUAUUCUUACUUCGCCGUAUCAAAUUAUUUCGAUAAGGGAGGAGAACAGAAUGGUACAUCAUGUUACAAGAAAUUCAUGCUUCACUUUCUAGCAUUGAACAUGCUUCUAACAGUAGCUGCGACAAUAAGUGCUUAUCAAGUGAAUACAUAUAGGCUAAGAUUGCAAGAAAUAGAAUUGUUUAAUGUGGUGCUUUCAGGGUUAGGAAUGGGCCUUAUUAUAUCUGCAGUUACUAUACUUUCCACAACGUACUCAGAUCAUAAAGGCACUCCUUUCCACACAUUUAUAGCUGUUGACAUUGCCGUUACUAUACCAUUAUUACGCUGCUACUAUCUGGGCAAGGCAGUACUUUACCAAAGUUAUGGUAAGAAUUACGUACCUUUAUCUACUUGGGGUGAUGAUACAUCAUCAGAUUCAUGUGAGGAAGAUAAUCAAUCCACAACCAGGGAGUCAGAUCCGUCAUUAACGGAACAAAAUUCUCCAGGGGAAGAUACCCCCUUACCACCUGACGAUAACCUUCACGGAAGCAAUGCAGUGCAAUGCUCGAUCGAAACAAAUGUGGAGAACGCUCCUUUAUCUGCUUCUGAGGAUGGUGUAUCCAACAUUACAACAUCUCUCACGACUCCAACAAAUGCUACCUCUGAUUAUGCACCACCUUUUUGCCAAGAAGAGGUUACAUAUAUACUAUCAAGAACAGGAUUUAUCAUAUUAUGUGCCGGCUUGAUAGCAACCUUCACCAGUACAUUGGUGAUGGCUGGCACUAUGGAUAAAAAUUCAAGACAAAAUGGAUCCAAAAACCGACGGCUCACACACGUAUUAUUUGUAUUAACAGCUUUGUUGACCAUAAAUACGCUUUUCUUUAUUCGUCUCACAAAUCCUUUACAGGGAAUUUAUUCCAUUGAUAAAAUAUUUUUUUCUGUCUUGGGUUCAUUAAUAAUAGUUACGAUUGUGGGAGGCGCCAUAUUACUCUGUAUAAUUGCAAAUAAAAAUAAAGAAUCACAAUGGGAUAUUUUACUACCUUUGGCUUUUUAUCUCAUUAUGAUUUUACUCACGUUAUUUUAUUAUUUGGACUACUAGGUAUGCCAACCAACUCACUUUCUAAAAUAUUUAAAGUGAUCCGGAGGCAUUCAUGAGAAU